GCGGCGAAUUUUUCGGGGGUGGUUUGGGGGCGCCACUCACAGCUCCAGGUGCUGCUUGCGCUGAGAUCCGCAGUGUCUCCUGGGCGCAGCCGGGUUUGUGGUUCCGAGUCGUCGCAGCCAGACUCCAGGGUGGGGGAGGGAAGAAGGAGCCGCCACAAGCCACACGUGAAAGAAAAGCACAAGAAAUAAAGUCAUUGUUGAUUUGACUAUUAUGCUGAUCCCUCAAAUCAAAAAAAGCUGCUGAAACUUGGAAGCUGAUUCUGUCACAGUGUAAGAUGCCUUUGGAAAAUUCUGCAUUCCUCUUAGAUGAAUCUUUAGAACUUGAAUUUUGAGACUGAUGGUCAGCCAUAUAGAAGAAUACAUUGAACCUAUAGUUUUCUGAAGAAUCAGUUCAAAAGAUCCAAAAAGUAGAAAAGGAGAAGUACAAAUGUCUACCACAAGACGAAAACGUAAUAUGUUAUGUUGUUUACCGUAAGCUGUAGUAAAAUGAGCUCAAUUGUUGACAGAGAUGAUGGUAGUAUUUUUGAUGGGUUGGUGGAAGAAGAUGACAAGGACAAAGCAAAAAGAGUAUCUAGAAACAAAUCUGAGAAGAAACGUAGAGAUCAAUUUAAUGUUCUCAUUAAAGAGCUGGGAUCCAUGCUUCCUGGUAAUGCUAGAAAGAUGGACAAAUCUACCGUUCUGCAGAAGAGCAUUGAUUUUUUACGAAAACAUAAAGAAAUCACUGCACAGUCAGAUGCUAGUGAAAUUCGACAGGACUGGAAACCUACAUUCCUUAGUAAUGAAGAGUUUACACAAUUAAUGUUAGAGGCUCUUGAUGGUUUUUUUUUAGCAAUCAUGACAGAUGGAAAUAUAAUAUAUGUGUCUGAGAGUGUAACUUCAUUACUUGAACAUUUACCAUCCGAUCUUGUGGAUCAAAGUAUCUUUAAUUUUAUCCCAGAGGGGGAACAUUCAGAGGUUUAUAAAAUACUCUCCACCCAUCUGCUGGAAAGAGACUCAUUAACCCCCGAAUAUUUAAAGUCAAAAAACCAGUUAGAAUUCUGUUGUCAUAUGCUUCGAGGAACAAUAGACCCAAAGGAGCCGUCUACCUAUGAAUAUGUGAAAUUUAUAGGGAAUUUCAAAUCUUUAAACAAUGUAUCCACUUCAACACACAAUGGUUUUGAAGGAACUAUACAACGCACACACAGGCCUUCUUACGAAGACAGAGUUUGUUUUGUAGCUACUGUCAGGUUAGCUACACCUCAGUUCAUUAAGGAAAUGUGCACUGUUGAAGAACCCAAUGAAGAGUUUACAUCUAGACAUAGUUUAGAAUGGAAAUUUCUAUUUCUAGAUCACAGGGCACCACCCAUAAUAGGAUAUUUGCCAUUUGAAGUUCUGGGAACAUCAGGCUAUGAUUACUAUCAUGUGGAUGACCUAGAAAAUUUGGCAAAAUGUCAUGAGCACUUAAUGCAAUAUGGGAAAGGCAAAUCAUGUUAUUAUAGGUUCCUGACCAAAGGACAACAGUGGAUUUGGCUUCAGACUCAUUAUUAUAUUACUUAUCAUCAGUGGAAUUCAAGGCCAGAGUUUAUUGUUUGUACUCACACUGUAGUAAGUUAUGCAGAAGUUAGGGCUGAAAGACGGCGGGAACUUGGCAUUGAAGAGUCUCUUCCUGAGAUAGCUGCUGACAAAAGCCAAGAUUCUGGGUCUGAUAAUCGUAUAAACACAGUCAGUCUCAAGGAAGCAUUGGAAAGGUUCGAUCACAGCCCAACCCCUUCUGCUUCUUCCCGGAGUUCAAGAAAAUCAUCUCACACAGCAGUCUCAGACCCUUCCUCAACACCAACAAAGAUCCCAACGGAUACUAGCACUCCUCCCAGACAGCAUUUACCAGGUCAUGAAAAGAUGGCACAAAGGAGAUCGUCAUUCAGUAGUCAGUCGAUAAAUUCCCAGUCUGUUGGUCAGUCAUUAACACAACCAGUGAUGUCUCAAGCCACAAAUUUACCAGUUCCACAAGGCAUGUCCCAGUUUCAGUUUUCAGCUCAAUUAGGAGCCAUGCAGCAUCUGAAAGACCAGUUGGAGCAACGAACACGGAUGAUUGAGGCAAAUAUUCAUCGGCAACAAGAAGAAUUACGAAAAAUUCAAGAACAACUUCAAAUGGUACAUGGUCAAGGGCUGCAGAUGUUUUUACAACAGUCAACCCCUGGGUUGAAUUUUGGUUCUGUUCAACUUUCUUCUGGAAAUUCAUCUAAUAUCCAGCAGCUUGCACCUAUAAAUAUGCAAGGCCAGGUUGUUCAAACUAACCAAAUUCAAAGUGGAAUGAAUACUGGACACAUUGGCACAACUCAGCAUAUGAUACAACAGCACACUUUACAAAGUACAUCAAGUCAGCAGAGUCAACAAAAUGUACUGAGCGGGCACAGUCAACAGACAUCUCUUCCUAGUCAGACACAGAGCACUCUUACAGCCCCACUGUAUAACACUAUGGUGAUUUCUCAGCCGGCAGCUGGAAGCAUGGUCCAGAUUCCGUCUAGUAUGCCACAAAACAGUACCCAGAGUGCUGCAGUAACUACAUUCACUCAGGACAGACAGAUAAGAUUUUCUCAAGGUCAGCAACUUGUGACCAAAUUAGUAACUGCUCCGGUAGCUUGUGGAGCAGUCAUGGUACCUAGCACUAUGCUUAUGGGUCAGGUGGUGACUGCCUACCCUACUUUCGCUGCACAACAGCAACAGUCACAGACAUUGUCAGUUACACAGCAACAGCAGCAGCAGCAGCAGCAGCAGCAGCAGCAGCAGCAGCAGCAGCAGCAGAGUUCCCAGGAACAGCAGCUUACAUCAGUUCAGCAACCGUCUCAGGCUCAGCUGACCCAACCACCACAGCAAUUUUUACAGACUUCUAGGUUGCUCCACGGGAACCCUUCAACUCAGCUCAUCCUCUCGGCUGCGUUUCCACUACAACAGAGCACUUUCCCUCAGUCACAUCACCAGCAACACCAGUCUCAGCAACAGCAGCAACUGAAUCGGCACAGGACUGACAGUUUGACCGACCCUUCCAAGGUUCAGCCACAGUAGCACACAUGCCUCCUCUCUGACCUCAAGGGAAGGAGGAGCUGGCCAAAAUAGUUGCUGAGAUGAUCUGAGGAUCAGGAGGAAAAGUUCCAGCAGUUUCAUGAGAUGCAUGAGUGUUCUAGUUCCUCAAAUUAGUUAGCAGGGAAAAUGCUGCCUAGUGCUACAGAUGUACAUCAAAUACCAGCCAGCAGGAGAUGAUCAUAGGGCCAUAGCCAAUUCUGACAGUGUUUUACUAGCCCAGAUAUUUUUUGAUGGAAAGAGUAUAUUGCCAAAUGUUAAGAAGCUCAGCUAUGAAAUGUGACCUCCAGUGAAUCAGAAAGGUACUAACAAUGUUAGUAACUUUCAGUGGUUCUGCGCCUGUUUUCAAGUGUUACAGAGGACACGCCACUGCCAUGUCAGGGGGUUGCUUACAGUGAUGCCGUGAAGACAGUCCAGUAGGCCCAGUAGGCCCACUUUCCCAACCCCUCUCCCUUUUCAGAGAAUGAUGGAAUCAUAAUUAAUUUCAGAAUGUUGUGUGGGUUCAAAUUAUGUACAGAUGCUGUAAAAAUAUUAUGUAUAUGUCUGGAAAGAAGGAAAGAAAGCAAAACAUUUUAUAUGCUGCAUGAAAGCAUUAUCUCCCCCUUAUAAGUGUGAAUAUGUUUCCUUAGAUUCUGAUGCCGUGUGCAAACUAAUACAUCCUUCGUUUCCCCUUUUGUUUACAACAUGAUAGUGUUCUAUUUGCUUUUCCGGGGCACAAGUCUUUUGUUCAUACUUGGCUGUGAUGUCACAGUUUGUUUAGUGAGAUAUGAUGUGCUGCUGGGAAUGGAUUUUUUUUUCAGGUUAAAUUAUUGAAAUAAUAGGAUUUUCAAGUUAUUCAGAAAUCUCUCUCAUUUCAUUGUUUUUCAAUUAUGUUUGAAAAUAGGAUUUGCACUGCUUUAUUUUAGAAGGUUGGGAAUUUUGAUCACAUAUUUUGAUAUAGUUCAUAGUUGGAAAUAGUUGUGUAAAUGGUUUUCAACAAGCCUGAAAGUAAUUUCAAGAAUGUUUCAGUGUAGGAGUAAAAUUUGCACACAAAACAUUUUAGGCACUUUUUAACAUUCUCACUGGUGGGAAUUUUAACUUUUAGGAUUUGUUGGAAUCUUUUUAUUAUCCUUCACAAUUUCAAUGCUUAUUUUAGUCAGAAAUGAUUCAGGGUUAUUUGAGGGGGGAAAAAAAACCCAUAGUGCCUUGAUUUUGAUUCAGGUGAUAACUCACCAUCUUGAACUCAUUGUCUGGUUUCAGUAGCAGUUUUGAAACCUUAGUACAUUUUUAAUAGCAUGUGGGUGUCAGUGCCAUUAUUAUUCUCCCAAGUUCCUAUGAAGACUGCUUUCAGUCUCUUGGACUGGAGCUAUACAGAUAAUUUAGAAAUAAAAGAUGACACAUCCUAACACGAUUUGUGAUCACAAAAUUGUUUUCCUAAAUCAACAUCUUCCUUUUAAGCUAAGUAGUAGUUAUUUAGGAAUUAUCAGGAAAUAUUCGCUCAAUAUGAUCUUAGUAUUCCUACAAAGAAAAAAGGGGUAGGAAUUGGCUUUGCCUUCACUACAACACUAAGAUAUUGUAACUCACAUGCUUUCUAAACAUGAACUAAGAUUUCGUUUGGCAAUAUCAUAUUCUUAAAGGUAAUUCCAACAGCAAUUGUAUUCAUAAAAAAGCAUUUUAUAUAUUUUAUGGUACUAAUUAAAUUUACAACUAUAGAAUAAAGGAAAAUUAAUGGAAAGUUUAUUAGGAUUUAAAAAAUUAUUACUGAGAAAAGGGAAGACAGUAAGCUGUAAUAAAUCAAAAUUGACUUGAAAAAAAUGUAUAACAGAAUUGAGGUUGUUAAACAGAAAAGGUUUUGAGCAAUGAAAAUAACCUAAUACGGAAUUGAUAGAUAAAGGAGUCAGAGGAAUUCUAAGUCAGUUCUUAAAACUUUUCUGUCUUCAGCUUUGCUGUCAUCCUUAAGGGAUAUGUUUUGUCUUUCUGUAGAAGAUUAUGCCUGGCCACACUUAAAUUAGAAAAUUAAUGUUAAAAACAACCAAAGAAAGUUGGUAUCUAGCCUUCUAUAAAAGAAGUAUCACUAGAUACCAAUCAGUAAUUAACAUAUCAAGGAGCUCCUCUUCUAGCUAAAUGAUCAUCCAGAAUAGAUUUCUGACUUUCUCAUGAAUGUCAAGGAUAGUUGUCAGAACAUGUACUUGAGCCAUACAUACACUGACAAAAUUGAUGUUGUAGAAUAUGGUAACAGUACUUUCUCCCCUUUCAAAUUGCCUUUCUUAACCUUAUCAUGCCAUAGGUAUCUGACUUGUGCCUCAUUCAUUUAUUGGUGAUAUCUAGUGAUAUGCAUUUAGCUAAUAAAAGGUAUGAAGAACUGUUACAUUAAGGUUUAGUUAGGCUCUAAGAGAGAUACUUAAGAGAAACAUGGUGGACCGUGGUACUGUGUACCUAGGUUAACAAAAGCAAAGCUCAAGACAAGCCACAAGGUAAAUGAGAAAAUCAGACAAAAUUUUGCAUUUAUAAUUCCUGUUCCUGACAGUUCUUUUUUUUUUUCUGGUUAGAAUUCGUUGCUAAAUUUAAAGGAGCAGCUAGCUGCUUUUUCUUUGCUGUCAGCAUGCAGCAUUGUGUUGGAAGAGGUGGUAAGCACCAACUGCCUCUUAGCUCCUUCUUUAACUUCGUUUUCCUUCUUUGUCUCUUGAGCUUGGAUUGCAAAGCUGUCCCUGCCCACUCCCCCACGAAUGGAGAUUUGAGCAAUCUGACGAAGAUGCAACACUUGCCUGUUCUUCAUUCAUUUCUGUAGCCAAAGUCGUUAAUUAAAAUUCUAAAACUAAGUCAUGAAAAGACACCAGAGACACCUCUCAGCUACUUAAAAAUUGUAUCUUCCUUCUGCUGCUUUACUGUCAUAGUCAGUUUUUCUUUAAAAAAAAAAACAAAAAAAAAAACCCCACUUUAUUGUGGGUGGUACUUUUUAGUGAAGAAACCGUUGAAGAUAAGGAAAAAUGUCAGCUAUUCUGCAGUUAUUAUCUUGCUUUGGACUGCUGUGGCACUGUGUGCGUCAGUAUUGUUUUAACAACUACUAGCGAGAACUGCAAGGACUAAUAAAGUUGCUACUGGGAGGGCUGUCAAAACAACUUAGACACUCAAAAAUACUCCGUUUUUUGAGUGGAAAAUAUGGGUGGAAAAGCAGACAAGGGACAAGGGGUAACAUGUAAGUAAAUACAUUUCAGUCUCCAAACUGUGUCCUAAGUUGAGGGGGUAAUUUGAGUCUUGUGCUCUGCUUUGUCACUUAAAUCUGGUCUAGGAAUGUACUAGUAAUAAAAGGAUACCAGCAAAUUCGAAUGGUUAUAUUCAGUGUGGAAUAGUGAAAAAGUUAUUUGGAUUCUUCAGAAGUGCUGUAGUCUAGUGGUUGGUCAUUGCCUUAAAGCAGUCUGCUUGCAGUUAGUUAAGGGCAUUGAAGCAGUGCAGCUCUGUAAAGGGCAGUGUGUGUGGAAGGGAGACAAACCCUUGUUCGGGAAGCCUUAGAUAGGGGCCCUACAGACAGGUGAAAGUUGUUUUAAACUGGAUAAACAUGUUUUAAAAUGUUUCCACUACAUUGAGGUAAACUUUUAAAAAGUGGAAUGCAAAUAGCAUUUUACUCUAGUAUUGCUCAUUUAUACCUUUUUCUUUUUCUGUAUUUCUUUGGUGAUUGAAAGUUUAUUAAUGAACAUUUGUGUAAAACUCAAUUCAAAUCUAUAACCUUUCCAAUAUCUGUGAUCCUGUUCAUAGUCCCUCGGGAGUCAACGUUGGAAGGUAUAAACACUGGAUAUUACUAUUGCUGAGUGAGUCUAGCCCGGAGUAAGCUGAUUGGAAAUUUUAGAUGGUGGAAAAGAAACAGCACAAGACACUUGCCAAUUUAUUAGUGAUAGGAGAAAGAGAACCUUUUAAGUUUAUUUGGGUUGGAUGAGCAUUCUUCUAAAGGAGCUUCUGAAGUAAUUGCAAAGGAAAAGAGUCGACUAUUUUUAUAGCAUAUUUAAUAUAUUUGUAUAUAACUAUGAAUAUAGUAGGAACCCCCCACAUCCUUCCACUUUUCUAAUUUCCUCCCCCCUUUGCCAUAGCACUAGUAUAGCCUCAUCCGCAUGGGUAAUGUGCCUAUUGUCAGCCUACCAAAAGAUAGUGCUGCUGCUUUCUGAGACAGGUGAGAAGACCCAACUCUCAUGCCUGGGGAUCCUUUAUGUAGGAAUAGCACACACUUUUAAAACAACAUACCACAGUCUAAAAGCAUCAUUUUGAAAUGUAAUAAGCACUUUAUUGCAAUUAUUCAUUUUGAUAAAGUUUAUUAUGUUAGGCAUUACCAUUUCUAAAGGAUCCCCAAAUCAUCACUUAGGUGAAAUUUAAAAAUGACACAUUUCUGAGAAAUGUUUAGAUCCAGUGAACCAUAGUAGGUUUAUGGGAGUGAUUUCAAGGUAGCCAAAUGAACUUUGACUUUUGCUUUGAAUGUGUUGGAGUUGAGAUUGUAGAUACUAGUUCCACUUAGACACUAUUGUAAACCCAUCUUGCCUAUUGUGUGGACACCAAAAGAGACCAAUGAGCCUGUUUAUUUUCAGAGGUCUAGGAAAAUUGCAUCAGUGUGAAUAGAUGUAUAAAACUAACCUAAAAGUGAUUGUUAGUAAUAUUUUAGAAUACAAUCAUUUCAAGAAUUAUUCUGGGUAUUUUACAUGUGCUCUGAAAUGUUGGCAUGUCAUUUCAGCGUUUCCAUUUGAAUUGCUCUUGUAAUAUUUUUGCACAAAAAAGACUGAGAAAAAAGACUACUUUGAUUGAAGUAUAAUUUGGUCUUAAUGACUCCUGUGGAAACACUGGGAGUGAAUUUUGUUGGUAUGGUUAUUAAUUCAGGAUAUUUAAAACAGUAUUGAACAGCUCACAAGAAAUUAAACGUGGAUAUUUAAAAAUUAAAACUUUCCAUGUGAAUGUUUUGCAUAUUUUCCCCCAUGUCAUAAUUUAACACUACAUUCCUUGUUUUUCUUAAAUAAAAUACUUUGCAGGUUCUGUUUUGAGUAUUUAACAAUGUUUUGUAAGCUGCCUGGGUUUUCCUAGGGGAAUGUUCUUUAAUGAAAUAGGAUAUAGUUUAUGAAGAGACUAUUAAAUGAAAUUCCAUCACCACCACCAGCAAACACUGAGGUGCUGCAUUAAGUGACAAUCAAAUAGUAUUUAUGGAAGAAUUUAGUAAGUGGUUUUAAAAGACGAAAUUGCUUUGUAAGCAGUCCUCUGAGUUUCUUGAAUAAAAAAUGGCUACAUGUAUUUAUUUA